AUGGGUACUUUGUUUUGUUCUCUUCCAAACUUGGCCUAUUGGGUGCCUCUAUGGACGGCCAGAUGGCACGAUCCUGUGUUCGGACCUGUGGCAACACACUUGCUUGUGUUGUUCCCCAUCGCGUACUCAGGUAUCGCUAUUGUGAAGAGUCUAGUACUGCUAGCAUUGGGUGGUUUUGUUCUCGGAACGUGGGUCGUUCACACUCUCCUCCGGGUCAGCAUCGGCAAAGAGAACACAACCUCAUCAUCAAGAUUCUUCUCGUGGCAAGUUUUACUUCCCGGGAUCCUCCUCCCCAUCCUCCCCAUCCUUCUCCCUUAUCUUCAACCACCAAUCCUUCCUCAUCCGCUCUCUCAGCCUUUUCUCCAUCCCAAACUCCCUCUGCGCAUCCUUUCCUCCAUUCCCUCCGUCACUGGCAUGGUUGUUGUUGGGGAGAUGUUACCGCCUCCAGAUUGGCAACCUGGUAUGCCGGAAGAAUUCCCUCAUUCUUUCCGCUACCUCCGUGCAUCCCACUCUCUCUUGGGAGGCGUCUGGCUAGGUGCGAAGGUCCACAGCAGAUCCGCCGUCAGAAUCCCUUUGUUGGACCAACAGGGAAACGAGUUAGGCGAUUCUAUUUACAGCACGUUCGUUUUGCAGGAAGCUCUCAGAUUGGUUGAUAGGGAGAGCAAGGACAGCGAAGGGCACAAUCAGAACGCCUUGAUCAUUGGCCUUGGCGCAGGCAUUGCAGCGACAGCGCUUUCCCGUCACAAUAUAGCAACUACAGUCGUGGAGAUCGACCCUGCGGUCUAUAAUGCGUCUCGUCAAUAUUUUGGAUUACCUGAUUUCGGCCCUGAUAGAGUCUUCCUGGAGGACGCUCGAAGCUUUGUCAGGCGGAGAAGGCAACGUCUGGAGCUAGACGGCGCACAAGAUGAAAAGUUCGAUUUUGUUGUCCACGAUUGUUUCUCCGGAGGAGGCGUCCCUGCCCAUAUUUUUACAAUACAGUUCUGGGAGGACCUGAAGAUGAUCAUGCAUGUCGACGGAGUGGUCGCCGUAAACUUUGCCGGCAAAUUGAGUUCAGACCCUUCCAAGGCCAUUCUCACGACGCUGCAACACAGCUUCGAGCACUGUCGCGCUUUCCAUGAUGCAGAGCCGAUGUCCAGAGAAGAAUUACUUUCAGGAUUCAUCAACCUGGUAUUCUUCUGCUCGCCUUCCAGCAAGCCCCUCACAUUCCGCACUCCUCGAGAAAACGAUUACCUGAGCUCCCACCUCCGCGCACACGUUUUUGGAAGCCUGCCUGAACGCGAGGUGGACCUGCAGCUUAUCAACCAAAAUAUCCACGCAGAUGACAUCGACAAAUGGAUAUUGCGAGACCAGAAUAAUCAACUUCAGAAAUGGCAGGCGGAGGGCGCGUUGGAACAUUGGCAAAUCAUGAGGCAGAUACUCCCAGCUCCUGUCUGGGAGACUUUCUAG